ACAUUAACAGCAACUAUACCAAAUCCCAACAUUUCUGACACUAGAAGCUUUUCUCUCCAAAAGGGAUGGGAUUACUGGGUUGACAAUAUCCCUCAAUCUGAAAAAAUUUGUCUCUAUCUUACUCCCCUAUGUCCCCUUUCGACCUUCUCCCUUUCCCCAGACACACAUCUACUCUGACCGUCUUGUUUGAGAGGAAAGUUGAAAGCAAGCCACACGUCAGCUACACCCUCCCAGUGCUGCUUGGGGUGGAACAGCAAAGUUCCAGGGUACAGCCUUCGUGCCUAGAGCUGGCGAUGCAGCCGCUCUCAGAUACCUGCUCAGCUUCACGCCGCGUCUGAAGGUCCGCCCGCCGCGGAACAGUUGCGUCUCCAUCUGGCUGCCAACCCACCCAAGCUUUCUUCUCCUCCGCCACCACCACCUUCCCUCCUUCCCCCUCCUCCCCCUCCUUUCCAUCUUCCCUCUCCACCCCGCCCCCAAUCUCCUCCUCUUUUUCUCACUACAAGCGGUUGCUGAUGCUGAAGCCGAGCGUCACUUCGGCUCCCACGGCAGACAUGGCGACAUUGACAGUGGUCCAGCCGCUCACUCUGGACAGAGAUGUUGCCAGAGCAAUUGAAUUACUGGAAAAACUUCAGGAAUCUGGAGAAGUACCAGUGCACAAGCUACAAUCCCUCAAAAAAGUUCUUCAGAGUGAGUUUUGUACUGCUAUUCGAGAGGUGUAUCAAUAUAUGCAUGAAACAAUAACUGUUAACGGCUGUCCCGAAUUCCGUGCCAGGGCCACAGCAAAGGCGACAGUUGCAGCUUUUGCAGCUAGUGAAGGCCACUCCCACCCUCGGGUAGUCGAACUGCCAAAGACUGAUGAAGGCCUUGGUUUUAACGUGAUGGGAGGAAAGGAGCAAAAUUCCCCUAUUUAUAUCUCUCGCAUCAUUCCUGGAGGGGUAGCCGAAAGACACGGAGGCCUCAAAAGAGGAGACCAGCUGCUGUCAGUGAACGGAGUGAGUGUGGAGGGAGAACACCAUGAGAAAGCUGUGGAACUACUCAAGGCCGCUAAGGACACUGUCAAGCUGGUGGUCAGAUACACCCCAAAAGUCCUGGAAGAAAUGGAGGCUCGCUUUGAAAAGCUACGGACAGCCCGGCGUCGGCAGCAGCAGCAAUUGCUAAUUCAGCAGCAGCAACAGCAGCAGCAGCAACAAACACAGCAAAACCACAUGUCAUAGGUCCUUGAAGAAAAACUACUUGAUCAAACAUCUGAUAGUCACAAAUUUGAAACCGUGCUUCAGAAUCCUAGCACAUAGUCAAAGGAAAAGACAAUACUGAUAAUUAUACCUAUCAAGAAGCUGUGAACACGUGUUGUAUAAAUUCUUUACCAAGGCAACUCGACACCUUCUUUCUCUAGGGCUGAACCCCUGCUGCUCACGUGCACUUUACACACACAGACCUUCCAUUCAGUGUGAUGGGAAUUCUCAGUGUGUAAAGGGAGAGUUUUCCAGUCUGCAGUCUGAAAGAGUAUAAGAAGAAUGAAGUCCAUGACUUUCAGAGAAAUCACCAGGGCCAGGAUUAACUUAUUCUUGGGUCUAUAGCUUUUCCAGAGACUAACAAAUCCCUCAUUAGCCUGUGGUUCAAACUGCAUCAGUUCAAAGUUGUCACCACUUAAAAGAAACCUACACAUUGCCUCUCACCCUGACCUGUUCCACAAUCGCAUUGCUGAGUCGUCUGAGUUAGAAUUCCAGUUAAUAGCGAAUUCAACCUCUAUCCCCCUCUUGAAAAUGGCAAGUAUUACAUUAUAUUUGUACUCCAUUCAGGUUCUAGAAGCAAUUGGCUUUUUAUUUUUGGUUUCCAUAAAUUUUAUUAUGCACUAAUGUAGUGGGGAAAUUUUAGCUCAACUUUUAGUUUGCUAGAAGCAAGAAUAGAGAACUCUACUACUGUAGUUUUUGUUUAAUUUAAGUAUUGCUUAUAUCUAUUAUUAUUAAUUCUAACAGAAUAUAAUGUAUAUUUAUUCCACAGUAUAUAUAUUAUCAGAGUGUAUUUGUUACAAACUUAGGUCUUUUCUUACCAAGUGUUACGAAUCUGGUAAGAGAAUACUAGCAAAGGACCUAGCUUCAUGAACUGAUCCUCAUGAUAUUUAUAUCGAACCCUGCUCUCAAUAUUUUUUGUUAAGUUUUAUAUUUUUGAUUGAUAAACUCUGGAGAAAUCUAAACUCUUUUUACCUACACUGACGUGCUGUCAUAAAAGUCUAUUUGAGAUUUUAAAGCUUAGGGCUUUACAAAACUAAAUUAUAGUAUAUAUGCAUGUAUAUACACAUAUAUAUGUCAUACAAAGUUUAGAUCAGUAUUCCCAAAUAGAAAUUGGAUAUUUUUGGCAAUCUAAGAUCAAAGGUAUUAUUCCUGUUGAAAUUAGGAAUAUGUAAACCAGUGAUAUUGAUUUUGUGAAUGAAAAGAUGCUGCUGCAUCUAGAGGGAAAAGAUACCUACUUCAUUACACAUAUUCAUGUAGGUAAAUAGACAAUGAGAUAUCAUCUUUCAGAAAGUACCAUUUACUGGAAAAUGAUCUAUUAGAGCCAGCUAUACAGAUCAUAACUUUCAGCUUACAAUAAAUCUAGGUACAUAAGUCUGAUUUGACUCUAUGGAAUGAAUAGGAAGCAAUAAUUAUUUGGGCAUUUAAAUAUGUUAAGCACACAAAUGUACCUGAAAAAAGAAUAAAUCUCUAGCCGAAACACUCUAGAUAGGUCAUUAAAACUAAGCAAAUAUUUAAAUAUACCCUUUUCUCAAAGGCAGAAAUUGAUUCCCCAAGAUACAAUAAAUUUCACGUUUCAGAUAGUCCCCCAGAUUAGAAAUUUAUGAAGCUCAGUUUAGGAACAGUUUUCAUGAAAAUAAAACCAAUCAGAACUGCCCAGCACAUUUUAUUUUGCCCUGUCAGGUUGUAUUAUUGUCAGUCCCAAGUUCUGGCUACUCUUCAUAGUCUGUCACCCAACAGAGGACAAACAGCAAGGAAAGGAGGAGGUAUGCCAAUUUCAACAGUGUCCUGCUGUGGCAACAGGUUCCCAUCCUUGAAGACAUAUCAUUUUUUACUAGAGAACUGGUGGGGAGGGCAAGGGUCAGGACCCUGAAUGUUAUGUAAAAUAGUUUUACAAAAGAGACAAGCAUGACUAAAGGGAAUGAAUGGAGAUGACGUGAGUAUUAUUCAGUUUGAAAGAGGUAGUUCUCAUUUUUAUAAGAAAACUUUAAUAAAACAUAUAUUUUAGUUAUCAUUUAACAAAGAAUGUGAAAGCUCUUCAGGCAAUGCCACAGAUUCUCAUAAAGGGAAAUCAAUGCACCCUUGUAAUGAGAAAAUGGUCAUUUCAACACAUUUCAAUACAUUGUAUACAUUUGGAGCUUAAGGUGAGUAUGUUUUCAUUUAGCUGUAAGUGGUUAAUAUUAAUUGAUCAUGUUUUCACGUCAAUAUAAAUAUUGUCAUAGUGUUACAGAAGCAAGUAUCAAAUAAGCAGAUAUGUUACAUUUGUGUUUUCUAAAAGUCUGUGUAUUUUAUGCUUCAUUUGCGUAAUGUUAAGUGCUAAUAAAUGUACGCCAAGCCUUUUGUCAAAGUGAGGGGCAAUCCAUCACACUGAAGGCAUCUAGGGACAGAUUACAUGUCACAGUGGCCCUACAUACAAAGGACCAGUCAAAUGGCCAGUUUGCUUCACUAAAAUCUAGUCGUUGAAAUGUAAGCGUUCCCCUAAAGUUUAAUCAAAAGUAGCCAUCCCUAGGACUCAGAGAGGGCCCAUGUGGUUCCCUAAGGUUCACUGAUGCAAGAGGGAAAUGGAAGAAAAUCACCACAACUUGUCCUAAAGCUCUUUAUUCUUAAUGAUUAUAUUAGUGCUACUGACAUGUUCAAAACCAUAUCAAAAUAAAGGCCUAUUGGGUUGCCCUUACAUGAAGCUCAAUCUUUAAUAUCCUAAACUAGAUAUUAAAAGUUAGCGGAAAAAUCUGUUAUGACUAUUCAUCAGUGAUCCUGAUGAAAUUUUGGUUCUUUCCCUUGGUCGGGUUGGUGGCCAGAUUUUUCUAAACUCUUUUCUGCUAUGAUUUUGAAGGCAAAUAACAGAGCACAGUUGAGUUAAAGAAUACUUGAGCCUUUUCUUUGGGGCAUUUACAUUUUGAUUCUGUUGCCAUUUGAAAUAGAACAUCUGCAGGGAGAUAAUGAGCUUAAAUUACAAUUGACUUUGGAAAGAAUAACAGACUUUUGUGCUUCCUCAAUCAUGUAAUCAACAGGGGAUUCUCCAGUUAUAUGAACUAUGGCUAUCUUUUAAGACAAUGCUAAGAUCUAAAUGCAGAAUCUAGCAUUCAGGGGCUUUUUAAGAAUUCAAUGCUGUCUCUGAAGAACCUGACUAGAGAUGGAUUACACUAAUUUACAAAUGCAGUUUUCUACCCUGACAAAUCAAAAUGAUCUGAGCUCAGUUCAUUUUACUUAGUUGUGCCUAUAGGACUCCAAGACGUUGAAAUAUUUUGUCUAUAUUAUUUCAAACAUUUAUAGAUAUUUGUGGAUGUGUGAAUAAUGCCUGAAUCUCUCAUCUUUCAGCUAGUGUGUGUUUAUCAUACAAACAAAUGCUGUUAGUAAGACAGCUUUAAACAGCAUCAUGCAGUACAAAGCGAUGUUCUGAAGUUCCGGGUAGGCCGACAUGGAGCAAGAGCUCCCAAAACAUGUUGUCACGCCAUCUCGUCCCUCUAAAUCAUAGACUCCAUGAGAGAAAUGGCUACGACUGCCUUGUGGACUGCUGUAUUCCUGGCAUCUGGGAUAAUGCCUGGCACAAUGUAGGCACCCAAUUAAUAUUUGUUACAUGAAAGAAUGAUUGAGUAGGUGGAUAGACAAAUAAAUGAAUUUGCCUUCUGAUAAUUUGAAAAAUCUCACUGAUUUAUACUAUACUGAUUGGUACUAUAAUUUCUGAAUUUCAUAGUUAGAAAUUGACUCUUCAUAAAUAUUUUUUAAAUAGACGAAUUUGAAAUCAAUUACUUCAAAGGUUCAAGAGUUUGAAGACAUUUAGAUAAGGAAUAAUACUUGGGAAAUCAGAGUUUUUACAAUGAAUAAAACUCAACCUUUCUAGUUCUUUAUGAAAGUUCCUUGAGUUAGUUGGCAAGGAUGAUCCAAAUAUGUAACUCCAUUUAUAAAUUUUAUAAAAUACUAUGUUUUCAUCUUUUAAAAAGAAAAGUCACAUCAUUAAGCAUAUUGUUAACAUACCUUUCAAUAUUUAUUAAUAACUUUUCUCUAAGGAGUUCAUAGUAAUUGGAGACAACAUCUCUAAGUCUUCUCCUGCUUUCAAAAGAUCACUUCUUUUAUAUUUGAUUCCUAGAAUGUACCUUAGCUAAAGAUUAACCAGUUGCAUAGCUAUUAAGACUUUUCCAUGUCUUUACUCAUUUAACAGAUAUUUAUUGUGCACCAAGUAUGUGCUAGGUUCUGGAAAUACAAUGCAAACAAGACAGACCUAGCACCUUCAUGGAGUCUACUGUGAGGAACUCCUCAACACUUACUCCAGCAAUAACUAGAGUUUACUGUUCAUUGGGUCCCUCUUCACAGCUGAUGGAAGAAAUAAAAUUCCUAACCCCCUGUAAAUCAUGAAAGACUCCCUGCACAUAUCUGUGUGAGCCUGCUUUUCUAAAUACACCACUCAAAAAUGCUGCUCAGUUUAUCCAUACACCAUGGUUGAGCCCCAGUGAGAUACGUAAGUAAAAAUUUAUUCAUAACUAGCAUAUAUUUAGCUCUUCCUAGGCUCUACUGUGCUCAAUACUUUCAUAGACUAUCUCAUUGAAUCCUUUUAACAAUUUUAGUAGGUUCCAUUUUAUAACCAAGAAAGCUGAAGCAUAGAUAUGUGACUUGUCCAAGGUCACACAGCUAGCAGAUGAAACUAGGAUUGGAACCCAUGCAGUGUAACACAGGAGCUCCUGUGUUUAACCAUUAUCUGUGGCUUGGCGGACACCAUCACAUUAAAGUAAAUGAGUCACUGUAUAUAAAAGUACUUUGAAAUUGUAAAGUAGUAUAUGAAAAGAUAUUAGUAGAGUAUUAUAGUCAACAAACCACAUCAGUUGCAGAAAUAGAGUAAGAACUCAAUCUUAUGGUAUACAUUACUCUCAUGAAGAAUACUUCAGCCAGAGGUGUGGAUAAAAGUAAAGAUCCAGAAAACUUAAGACAUGUGAUAAAUAUUUCAAUGACUUUUCAGAAUUAUUUAUGGUUAGCCACUGUGUCUAUUUGGUGCUACAAAAACCCGAAAGAAACAAAAUCCCUUCUGUAAGGGCUUAUAAUAAAUACACAGUGUGGAGAUGAACUAAGGACAUUUCACAUUUACAGGGAAAGAUUGGGCAAUAGUACUACUUUCUCACCAUUGCAUGUGAUUGUGUCUUUCCAAUUGUUUUCAUUAUUUUUCUGAAAGAGCUGCAAAAUUGUGCAGUGGUUCAACCUGACCAAAGUGGUAUUAUGCUGCUGGGAAGUAAAUGUAUUAGACACCAGA